AUGGGUGGCGUAGACCCUGAUGCAGUGCUAUGUAGCAUCACCCAGCAGGUGAUGGCAGAGAUGGCCAGGAACUCAGGGGAGCGGAGUUGCACGAUUGAGCAGUUCACGCGUAUAAAGCCCCCGUCAUUUUUCGGAGGGGCCGAGCCAUUAGUGGCUGAGAAUUGGGUCCAGGAUAUUAAGGACAUGUUGGUAGUGUUCCCUUGUAUUGAGGAGCAGAAAGUGUCCUUUACUGCAUUCAAGUUAACUGGAGAAGCCAAACGCUGGUGGAGAUCAACGAGAUUACUAGAGGAGUGGAGACCUGAUCCUGUAGCAAUGACUUGGAGCCACUUUAGGAAGUUGCUCUUAGAGCGGUGUUUCCCCUCUACUAUUAGAAGCGCGAAGGUAGUAGAGUUUUUGCACUUGACGUAG